GUCUUCUGCUGGAAUUUACGUCGCACAUUUAUGGCGAUUCUGAGCGUGAGGGCAGAGUUCUGCCAGGCCCAGCACAGCGCCCUGGCCGACAAGUGAGCGCAGGGCCUCGGUGUGCCAACCCCACUUGCCUUGAGGACUCCGACACUGCGAGCACACCCAAAUAUAUGGGAUAUCUCCUGCACUUUGGAGGCGUAUUCCUUUUACUGACUCUAGCAAAACUAAGCGUCAAGAAAACAAAGUGGAGAGAAAUCCUGCCCUUACUUCUUUGCCUCACCAGUGCCUAAAUGUAGAACAGGCUGCCUAGUCCUGCAGUAGAGGUGUGGAGUCUGAAGGAAACCACCUGCAGUAACCGAGGCCGAAGUUGAAUUCGAGUGGAUUCUGAAGCAAACCUGCUUUUGUAGAAGCGAGAUCUUUAAGGAACAAACAAGCUCUGAUCAAUCCCAGCCAUCUUAGUGGUCUUUUAAUGUUUUCUGCUGUGAAACGUUUCCGAGGUUAUUGAUUUUUUUUUUUCUUUUCCUUUUUUUUUUCUUUCUUUCUUUUUUUAAAUUUUUUGGCCCCUCACACGUUUUGCUGCCAUUAUGAACCGUCCAGCCCCCGUGGAAAUCAGCUAUGACGGUAUGCGUUUCCUCAUCACUCACAACCCAACCAAUGCAACCCUCUGCAGGUUCAUAGAGGAGCUGAAGAAGUAUGGAGUGACAACCUUGGUGCGAGUCUGUGAUGCCACCUAUGAUAAAGCUCCUAUCGAAAAGGAAGGAAUCCAAGUUCUAGACUGGCCGUUCGAUGAUGGAGCACCACCCCCCAGUCAGAUCGUUGACGACUGGCUCAACCUGUUGAAAACCAAAUUCCGUGAAGAGAGUGGAUGUUGUGUUGCUGUUCACUGUGUUGCAGGGUUGGGAAGGGCUCCUGUCCUGGUUGCACUUGCUCUCCUUGAAUGUGGAAUGAAGUACGAAGAUGCAGUUCAGUUUAUAAGGCAGAAAAGGAGGGGAGCUUUCAAUUCCAAACAGCUGCUUUACCUUGAGAAAUACCGACCUAAGAUGCGAUUACGCUUCAAAGAUGCCAACAGUCACUGCUGUGUUCAAUAGAAAAUCUCAGACGAAGAUGGCACUGUUUUCUGGACUCUUGGCACCUGGAAAUGUGAAUCUGGAAUCAAACUGCGUCAUCAGAUUAGCGGUGGAGUUCGUGCUCCUCAACCUCUGUCCUAAUGAUGGUGAUGAUUGGAAAAAAUAAAAUAAAAGAUUAAGAGAAACAUUUCAGUGAAGGAUUAUUUUCUCCUCAAGCUGCAGUUUGAACAUCUGCAAGGAGAAAAUCAGUUUCCGAACCCUCUGUAUUUUUAACUUUUUAAGAAAAGAAAUAAAGUAAAUUUUAUGUCUAAGGAAAACCAGCAGA